AUGAGCUUUCAUCUCAACGACAUGCUUGGAACACCCGUCAAGGUCGAGAUGUACACGGAGAAUCCUGAGGAGUACUUGGGGACGAAGCUGCCUCUCUUCAACCCUCCUCUGGAAUAUGAGCGAGACGCAAUCACUGGACAAGAAGGCCGGGACAAGGACCCAGCACGUGCAAUCAACAAAGUGAAGUGGGACAAGAUGGCCGACCACGACCCUAGGCCCGUCACUAGGCGCUCUUUGACGGCGUCUGAAAGAAGAGACAAGAGAGAGAAGCUGGCCAAGAGGCAAGGCACAAACCCUGGCAUCACCCAUCUCAUCGUCAUCCGCGCCGAAGAACAUGUAGCAUCGUUGGUUUGCAACAGCACAACGUCUUAUGGACAUGAUAUGAUUUCCCUUCAAGAGAAUACAUAUUGCGAUAUGGCCGUCAAGAGACUCUACAAUCUUUGCGGUGGCACUUUCAUUGGGAACUGUUUCGACGUUGAACGGCGAAUUCUCAUGGGUCGUGGCGGAAUCAACGCUCGUGGCGAAGUAUCCGCUAUUGGCAUUCCUCAGAAGCGGUAUGUUACAUCAGCCCAAUGGGUAAAAUAA